AUGGAUACCAUUUCCCCAUCCUUCUCUCUCUCUGUUUCUUUCGCCUCCUCUCUGUCUCCCCAUCCUCCUUUCUCUCUCCCCCUCUCUCUCUCUGUCUCCCUCCUCCUCCUUCCUCUUCUCACUCUCUCCCAUCCUUCUCCUUCUCUCUCUUUCUGGCACUCCUCCUUUUGUCUUUCUCUCUAUCUCUCUGGCACCCCCUCCUUUUGUCUUUCUCUCUAUCUCUCUGGCACCCCCUCCUUUUGUCUUUCUCUCUGUUUCCUCUCCUUCUCUUCCCAGCCAAUAGUCGGGCCAAACAUUAAUUCUCCCUCUCUUGUUCUCAUUCUCUUUCUUUCUUUCUUUCUCUUGUCACUUUCCGCUCUCUCUUUCUCUCUCUCGUCUCUUUUUUUUCUAAUCUCUCUCUAUGCCCUUUUCUCUCCUACUCUCUCUCUCUCUCUAUGUCCUUUUUUCUCCUACUCUCUCUCUCUAUGUCCUUUUUUCUCCUACUCUCUCUCUCUAUGUCCUUUUUUCUCCUACUCUCUCUCUCUAUGUCCUUUUUUCUCCUACUCUCUCUCUAUGCCCUUUUCUCCUUUCUCUCUUUAUCUCUUUUUUCUCCUCUCUCUUUUUGUCUCUCUCUCUCUCUAUCUAGUCUCUUUUUUUCUCUGUCUAGUCUCUUUAUUCUCUUUCUCUCUGAAGUCUCUUUAUUUCUCUCUCUCUCUCUCUCUCUCUCUGAAGUCUCUUUAUUUCUCUCACUCUCCGAAGUUUCUUUAUUCCCCUAAGUCUCUUUAUUCUCUCCCUCUCCCAAGUCUCUUUCUAUCUUUAAUCUCUAAUCUCUUUCUCUCUCUCUUUCCCAAGUCUCUUUCUUUCUUUCUUUCUCUCUCUCUCUCUUCGAACACUUUUUUUUCUUUCAAGUUUCUUUUUUUUUCUCUUCCUCUCUCUCUCUCUCUCUCUCUCUAUCUUUUUUUCUUUUCUCUCUAA